CGCUGCCGGUAGUGGAAAAAUAGUUUGACCCACCGCAGCAGAAGCCUGUUGCUAAGGUGAACUGUCGGGGCACUUUCUUUUGCCUCUUCUGCCGGGUUUGAAACGACGUUACAGCACGCGGGAUUGGUGACCUUUGCAUGUUCGUGUUGUGUUGCUCACGGGUGGUUACUGCCGAGGAUUUGCGCUCAUCGUGCGGAUCGAUGACCUUGAAGCACAUCGCAGCUGCUUAUAACUUCAUCUGUAUCCGUCAUGUUGUCCGGCUGUGAAGAGGACCACAUGGACCCCUCCUCUCUACGGCAUUUGGUGUGCUCGCACAAACAACACGAAUAACACCACGGACUCCGCCGCCCAAGAUGAAAACAUGAUUGGCCACAGACAGAGGGGUCCUGUAAAGAGAGCCCGUUGGAUAUCUGUCUUUCCAUUGUGCUAAUCGAUCCAUCUGAUCGAUUCGCUGCCCCCCAUCAGGGUCAUCUUUUUUUUUUUUCUAGCGCUUACUCUUCAUCGAAGCUCAAGAAUGCAAGACAGUGGCGUGGUGUUUGGCGUCGUCCGCAGCCUGUUGAGUACAACAUGAUGGCCAUGCCAUGUCGGGCCUCACCAAACAUCUCAGCACUCACGUCUACUUCCACAUGGAUCGGAGUCAUCAACCUCCGCAGACAUCUGCUCCACCCAAGAAACAAACUUUUUCCUAUGGAGGCUCCAGGAAGAAGGACACCAGGCCACCCAUACAACGCACCAGGAGCGACAUGGAGCCGCCUCCCCUGGGUUACCCGCUGGAACGCCACUACGAGCCGAGUUGUUCGGAAUGGGACGACUUCGACUACUUCUGCCAAAGUCCUUACCUGCUGGCUUCUCCUCAGGGCGCAAGGGAAAGACCGAAGCGCAGUCGACUCUUCAGGCGGUCCCACAAGGAGAAGUACGAAGAUGAUGCUCUUCUUGAUGGACACAGGCUCACGGGGCGCGGUCCUAGUCGCUACUCGGAGACACCCCUUGCGGAACCACGCGACGGAAGCUGGCGACGACAGCCUUCGACGCGUGCGUCAUCCACCAGCAGGAGAUCCCCUGUUCCACAGCAGGAUCACGACGAGGACGUCGGAGUACCCAGAGGAGCGACUCAGCCACCGCAGGACUGCUUCAUCGUAUCGGCAAGAACCAUGGAAAGAUUCCUUCCGGCUUUCGGACAGGAUGCGGUGGAGCGUGCGUCGUCGUCGGCCUCCUCUUCGUGCGGCGCCGUCUCGGUGGAGGUGGCCGAAUGUUGUGCCUGCAUCGUGGUGGACUUGUGCGAGAACGCGGGCUUCACCUGCCACGACCUCCCCUCUCCGACGACGGAUCUCGCCCCGAUGCCCAGGGACUGGAUCGCCCUGCAACUUGGCAGGCAGCGGCAAGCCUUCGCCUGGCUCAGAGAGUCGCCCGUUAGGGAAGGACUCUUGCUUAUGAACGUCGAGAGGAACAGUCAGUUUCCAUUCGUGACGUAUUUGGUGUGCGACAGUGGCGACCCCGACCGUCUGAUCUUGCAGAUGGAAAGCCACCACGCGACUGGACCUGACGACGAGAGGCUACAUCACACAGCGGCCUACGAAGAAGUAGCGACAAUCGCUCGUCCUCCCGUCGACAUGCUUCCCAAAAAGCCGACGACGGACAAGACGGGCUACAUCCUGUCCGCGUUCCGCGUCUUCCCGGGGGAAGACCGCGAGAAGCUGGACCGAUCGUGGCUCUUGUGGACGGGGGCCCGGCAGAUCUACCGGCGUCUCCCUCCUCACCUGGGCCUCAGACGCAUCACUUUCCACAAGAAGGUUUCACCCGUGGACCACGGCAUCACCUACAUCCUUCUCUGCGAGUGUCCUACGCUCAUGGAUUACGUACCGGAAGCCUGUGUCCUGGUCGAUCAGCUUCGUGCUCGCUGUUGCGGUUACACGGCCUUAUAUCGCAUCGUGGACGCCUUCUGACAGGACGCCUGGGGGGGCCGGGAGACGUUGCCUUGGGACUGUUGGAGGUCGUGCUGAAGGGGAUUUUUUAUCCCGGCUGGGUAGCGCGCCUCUCGUUCUAAUACCCCUGUCAAACGGGCAUUUUCGAUCCUGCUGGACCGAACCUGCUUGAACCCAAUGCAGAUCGGAUGGUGCUACACGGCCGCUUCCAAGCAGGAUCGAACUUUGAUCCUGCUUGACUCAAGACAGUUCCCAUAACAGGAUUGAGAGAUAAACUGAUGUUCUCAGGCUGGAACACCAUAGAAGGGACAGAUACAAACAAAGCCUCAAAUUGCCUAAGAAAUCAACGAUGAAAGAUGAAAGUCACUGAAAAUGUGAUUGAGAAUUUCAAGACUGCUCGACGGCCGCCAUUUGCAUCUUCGACUCCGGUGAACUGUCAUAACUUAAGACGGACAUGCGCGCGAAGCUACAAAUGAUGCUUACAUCGGUAUACGAUAAAUUACCACUAAUAUCGCUGUUAUAUAGGAAACGCGAAAUUAAUGAGUUCCGUUUAUUCAUUUGCACAGGUCAACCAUUCAAUGCGCAUUGAAAGUGGCCGUGUAGCAGCGUCAAAACUCGAGCGCGCUCGGGAAGUUCGAUGCAGAUUGGAUUCGAGAAGGAUCGAAAUGCCCGUGUGACAGGGGUAUUAUACAAGCGCGGCUUUUAGGUUUCGUUCAGCAGAAGCCUCGCCGGAAGUGACGACACAAAAGGGUGGGAGGCUAUAGUGCUGCGCAGUGCAGGACCAGGGGUGCUGAGUGGCUUUUCUGUACUCUAUAGCAAAACUGCGACGGAGCCCUGUUGGCAGUUUGCGUAACUCAACUACGGGUAUACAAACAUCGGCGGUCAAUAUUACGUCCUGGUCUUUCGAAUGAAAAGGUGAUUUAUGA